AUGAAAGCUCAAAAGCACAAAGUUCUUUUGAUUCUCAACAAUUUCUCUGGUCAUAUAGUUGAUUAUACAUCUACAAACAUCAAGCUUCUUUUUUUGUUACCAAACACCACUUCCCACCUUCAGCCAUUGGAUGGUAGUAUUAUUCGGGCAUUCAAGGCUUAUUUCAAGUCAAAGACUAUUGAGAACUGCUGGAAUGCAACAAUCUUUCGCUUUAUUGAAGACGAAGAUAGUGAAGAUGUAAACCAGGCUAUGAUUCAGCAAAGUCUGGCUGAAGAGGUUCUUGUCGAGGGUUUACAAGAAACCCUGGACAAAAUUGCUGGAUCAGGUCUUCUGUCUCUGAAAGAUUGCCCAACAAAUGAGUCUGAUCCACUCUAUGAGAGACAAUGCACUCAUAGAGUAGUCAAUGAAAAUGAGAUUGCAGAUAUUGUGAUGGAAGAAUAUGACGCCAACGAAAAUGCAGCCAACAACAGCAAUAAAGAAACUGCUGAAUUUGAGUGUGUUUGCAUGCUUUUGGAUAUCUUGAAAGACAAAGAUAUUGACAGAGACUUCGUCAAACCCCCCAUCCCCAUCCUUUAUAAGCACACCCCUCACAUCAUCACCAAGUUCUUCUGUCAAGUCGACAACCAUUCCAUUCUUUUAAAACCUUUCUUCUUCUGCUCUCUUCUCCCACAUUCCUUGCUUGAUGGUCUCCUUCCUCCACCUUCCUCUCCCAUUGUGUCGCAUGUGGACCCCAGCCCCUUCCUCACCAGUAUGUUUCCCAUAAUACCUCGCAAGCCAUUCUCACCCAAAACGUUCCGCACCCUUUGCACCCCGUCCCCAGACAACCCUGUCCCUCCUCUCCACACCCACCAAUGGUGCACGUUCUGGUCUGCUCCCAUCCACCAUUCUGUCCGUUCUUUAUGGUUCUGCGCUCUUCACAACAAGCUGUCAUGUUGCUCCGUUCUACACCAAACUGUCCCUACCAUCUUUCCUGACGGGUCCUGCCUCAUAUUCGGUGACAUCAAGGAAUCUACAUCUCACUUUCUGUUCACUUGUCCCCCAAAGUUCUCCGCCUGGACUAUUUUUUGGUCAACCCAUUUUGGCAAUGUGCCCUCCACGCAAGACAUUCAUUCUACUCUUUUUUCCUUCCAUCUCCCGCCAUCCCUCACUUCAGACAUUCCCACCGUUUCUCUUGUCAGCUGUAUCCUCCUUGCAAUCUGGUGCCAUCACUGGUCCUUUGUGUUUGACGAUGCUCCUUUUCUGAGUACAUCAGACCUUGUCACUGCUGCUUCUCUUGUCACCCGUUUUCAUGCGGAACUAUCCCUACCUCUUUCAGACUAG